AUGAAUUCCAAUAAUUAGAUUGAAUUCUACUUGAAUUCAUAACAAGUGGAUUUUAUUUAAAUGAAAUUGCCCUAGGGUUUCUCUUUACACUUGGCUAGUCUAAUUCAUUAAAGAGAAUAAAGGAUUUCUAAAAAAGUUUCCAGGUUUGAUGCAACUUUCAAGACCCAUAAACUGGAAUAGACAAGCCAAGAAGAUAUAGCACCAAGAAGAGCAUAAAGAAUACAACCUCAAAAAUAAAAGGAUAAAAAAGAGCCAGAUAAUAAACCAUAAAAAAUUCUGCAAAAAUAAAAGCAUCAUUAAUAUAAUUAAUAAUAAUCUUAAUAAUCGUAGCAAUAACAAUAACAACAACAAUAAUAAAGUCCAAAAAUUGUAUCCAAGUUGUAAAAGCAAAUGAGUCAAUAAGAGAAAUUAAACUUAGGGGAAAACAUAAAACAAUUAAAAUAUGAAUAUUUGAGAGGAGUUUGGGAAAUAGUAUAAGAGAGUGUCCAAGCAAAUGGUGACGAUGAAGUAGAAUUUGACAUUGAUGUACUCCCUACUAAAACUGCCAGAAAAUUAGAAGCUUAUGUAACAAGUAGAUUAUAAGCAAAAAAACAUAAAAAUGAUGAUGAAGAGAAAUCCUUAGAUCCUGAUUCUUCAGAUUAAUGA